AUGCAAGGCUCUCAAACUCCUCCUCCUUCCCUUGAUAAGAACUUGCCAGGCAAUGACAUGUCGCAAGCAUGCAAAGAUGUUCUCCCCUCUCUCCCUCCAGGAGAAGACUGGGUCGCGGCCUCUCUCAAAAUGUACCAGGAUUUCUGGCUCUUGCCUUCUACCUUGAGAGGCACCCUCGCCUGCCAAAACCACUUCCAAGCUCACAACUCCGACAUCCUGCUCGCCAGCAACCCGAAAUCUGGCACCACCUGGCUAAUGGCCAUCCUGUUCGCUCUCCUGAACCGUGCCAAGUCCUCCGACUCCGACUCGCAAGCAUGCCACCCUCUCCUAACCCAAAACCCCCACGACCUCGUGCCCUACUUGGAGGUCCCUUCCCAGCAAGAAAAUCCCAAUCUUGCUGCUUUCACGUCCCCAAGGCUCCUUGCUACCCACUUGCCAUAUCCCUCGCUUCCACAGUCGGUGAGGGACUCCGAAUGCAAGCUGGUUUACCUGUGUAGGAACCCUAAGGACACCUUCGUCUCUCUGUGGCACUUCAUGAACAAGGUCAAUCCCGAGAAAGGCCAGAUUCCGCUCCCGGAGUGCCUCGACAACUUCUGUCGAGGGAUGAGCCAUUACGGUCCUUACUGGGACCACGUGCUGAGUUACCACAAGGCGAGCUUGGAGAUGCCGGAGAAGGUGUUGUUCAUGACGUACGAGGAGAUGAAAGAAGACCCGCGUGCUCAUGUGAGGAGGUUGGCCGGUUUCGUGGGGUGUCCAUUCAGCGAGGAAGAACUGAGAGACGGGACCGUGGAGGGGAUACUGAGGAUGUGCAGCUUUGACAAUUUGAGCGCAUUGGAGGUGAAUAAGAGCGGGAAGUCAUCGACUAGACUAGAGAACAAGGUGUACUUCAGGAGAGGCGAGGUCGGAGAUUGGGUGAAUCACAUGAGUGCUGAGAUGGGGGAGAGAAUUGACGGUGUCAUGGAAGAGAAGUUGCGCGGUUCUGGUUUGAAGCUUUGA